AUGUCGCAAAAUGACAAGCGCGCCGAGAUCAAGGAUACACCUGCUAUCAACGAGGAAGAGGGAGCUUUUGCACCUCAGCCUCAUGUACCUAACAAAAUCAGAGUCAUUUCCCCAGUUGAGGUAUCGGAAAAGGCAAAGAAGGGCAUCAUACCCAUUGCCGCGACCACAAAGAAGGAACACGAGGAUGAUAUCAACUGGUCCGACGAUGACCCUGAGAUCGUAAAUGGAACCAACACUGAGAAUGAAGCCGUAUCUGAGGGCUAUAUGAACAUCAUCACCGGUGACGAAGCUGACACUACGCUGAUUGGUAGUGAAGACGAUGCCGAACAUGUUGAGACCAAAAGGAUCGACGACAAGGAUGAACCGGUUGACAUCAAGUACACCGACGAGACUGCAAAGCCUAUUUCAAAGUCUAGCAAUAAUGAUAUGCUCAGAAGAAGGACUAAUAAGCAGAAGACCGAAGAAACAGAGGCGACCAAGCACCAAGAAAGCAACGAUGAGUACUCCGCUGAGCGCAGAAACAUUGUCUUCAAAGCAGUCGACACCACUCUCCAAUAUCCAGACGUUGCGAUGUGGGUUGGUGUAGGUCUCACGGUCGACACCGCCGUUGCGUCCAAGUGUGCUUUCCUGCACAUGCAUGAUGAGCCGCCUAGGAAAGCUGACGAGACCUUGAAGUUCCAGGUUCCCGAUCUGCCAGUAGUUCGCGAGCCUCCUGCGGCAGUUAUCUCAGAGCGUGCUGCUGCCAAUCGUGCAUCUCGUGAAGCAUCCGCGGCUAGUGCACCACCACUAAACGAUCCUACAGGUCCAAAGAGCAACAAGCGUAGUCGUGGUGGCGAGGACGCAGACGCAGGCGUCUAG